AUGAAUUGUAAAGGUAAGUUCAUUCUUCUACUCAUCUUCACCACUUUUAUCUUUGUUACAUAUUCGUCCAAUGUGUUGGAAACCCAGAAUCAGACUGAUGCAGAUGCUUUACUUGAAUUUAAAAAGUCUGUAAAAAUGGAUCCAAGUCUUUCUUUGUCCAACUGGGUAAAUGGAAAUAAUAUUUGCAACUGGACUGGAAUAACUUGCAAUCGCAAUCAAAGGGUUGUGAGCCUAGUUCUCAAAUACAGGGGAUUGGCUGCUACCAUACCCCCUCACAUAGGCAAUCUGUCCUUCCUUACAACCCUGGACCUCUCCUAUAAUUAUUUCUCAUCCUUCAUUCCCCAAGAGCUUGGUAAAUUACAAAAGUUGCAGUAUAUUAAACUCUAUGAAAAUAGCUUGCAAGGUCCAAUUCCAGUUAGUCUGUCUGCCUGCACAAAGCUUUUAGAACUCCGCUUAAACGAUAAUCUGUUGAGCGGAAACAUUCCACCACAGUUGAGUUCCUUGCAUAACUUGAAGAAACUCAACAUGUCUGUCAAUAAAUUGAGUAGUAUCAUCCCUCAAGGCUUGGCAAAUUGCACUGCGCUCAAACGCUUAAAUCUUGGGCAUAAUCUUCUAACAGGCGCUAUCCCCAAGUCUAUAAGUAACUGCACAAAAUUGCGAGCCUUAUCUCUGUCCCGGAAUGCGCUUGAAGGACCGAUUCCAUCCGAGAUAUUCACAACAUUGACCAGAUUACAAUAUCUGUAUCUGGAUUCCAACAAACUCAAUGGUAGCAUCUCCAUGGAGAUUGGAAAAUUAUGGAAAGUGAGGGUGAUUAGCUUUCAUGACAAUAGUCUUACAGGUAGCAUUCCCGUGACCCUGGGGAACUGUUCGUCUCUGGAGAAGCUAGCUUUGGCUUCCAAUUCCUUAUACGGCAUCGUUCCAGCAGAAUUGUGUUCACUUACGCGACUGCAGGAACUGUGGUUCACUAAUAAUAGCCUUGGAGGAUCAAUUUAUUUUCUCGUGAACUAUACUGAAAUGCACACAUUGGCGAUAGGGAACAACAAGUUUGAAGGUACAAUUCCAGAGUUUAUAGGCUAUAGGCUACCUAAAUUGCAAGAGGUGGAACUGACGAGGAAUCAAUUAAGUGGCAGCAUCCCGAAAUCUAUAGGAAAUUGUUCCACACUCCGAUUUUUUUCACUAUUUACUAACAAGUUGAGUGGAGUAUUACCCCAAGAAUUGGGGAUGUUGACAAGUCUACAAGAGCUUGGUCUGGGUAGUAACAGCGUCAAGGGAAUUUUUUCUCCUGAUCUGUUAAACUGUACACAAAUGCAGUGGCUUAUACUGGAAGGUAAUAGAUUCGUGGGCUCCAUUCCUGUAGAUAUUGGCCUAAAGCUCCCCAACUUACAGUAUUUUGCUGCGGGAAAUAACCAAUUUAGUGGGGGUAUCCCAAAGUCUCUGGGAAAUUGUUCUCAGCUCUCAACGCUUGAUCUUCCACUCAAUCUGCUAAGUGGUGUUGUGCCUCAAGAAUUAGGAAUGCUAACUGCUUUACAGGAACUUGACCUUGCGUAUAAUAGCCUGUCAAAUGGACACUCUGCUACAAUGUGUGUAUUAGAUGUAUUUUCUAACUGCUCCAUUCUUGAAGAGCUGAGUCUAUGGGGAAACAAAUUCAGUGGCACUUUGUCAAGGGGCAUAGGAAACCUGUCUCCUAGGCUAUCAAGAUUGGUCUUGGGUGGCGACAACACCACUGGCAACAUACCAGAAGAGAUUGGUAACCUUACUGAGUUGACCACUUUCUAUCUCAGUAAUAGCAGAGUAAUUGGGCAGAUUCCGAGUGCCUUAGGGCGUCUGAAGAAUCUACAAUUGUUGGAUUUGAGCUCCAACAAACUGCAAGGAAGCAUUCCGUUAGACUUUAAGAUGCUGGUAAAUCUGGAAUAUCUAUUCCUUCCGCUAAAUCGUAUUUCUGGAGUUAUUCCUUCAUAUCUGGGCAGCCUGCAACAGCUAAGGAAACUUGAUUUCAGUCAUAACGAGCUCACAGGAAGGAUACCAAAUGCCAUUGGCCAAUGUUUUCGCCUGGAGAUGAUUGACCUCUCAUACAACAGUCUCUCAGGAAAUAUACCUACGGAGAUCUCGAAUCUCCGUUCAUUGGCGUUAUAUCUCAAUUUUUCAUACAAUUCAUUGACAGGAAGAUUGCCUUCCCUGGGAGGAAUGCAACAGGUUCAAGCCAUAGAUAUCUCAGCUAAUAAACUCUCUGGACCCAUCCCUGGCGAUAUUGGCAGUUGCUCGGGAUUGCAAUAUCUAAACUUUGCCAAAAAUAAAUUGGAGGGAACGGUACCGAUAUCAAUAGGACAGCUUAAGAGCCUUGAAAGCAUUGAUAUAUCUUUGAAUGAGUUGUCUGGAACAGUGCCAUUUUCUAUUGCGAAUCUCACCAUGCUCCGGCAUUUAAAUUUCUCCUACAACAAUUUGAAUGGAUCAGUCCCGAAUGAAGGAGCUUUCAGAAACCUAAGUGCAAUAUCAUUUUUGGGGAAUCCAGGAUUAUGUGCAGCCUCAGGCUGGUUCAAUCUACCAAAUUGCACAACAUCUGCCACAAGUCAUGAUGUAUUGAAUAGGAACAUUCUCUUGGUUGCAUCAAUUGGCACAUUCUUUGCACUGUGUUGCAUUUUGGUGGCAUUUUACAUUUUCUACAGAAGAAUUAAAAAGGCACCAAUUACAAAUAGUUUGUUGGGGCAAGGUUUCAUGCAAAUUUCUAGCCAGGAACUUCACACAGCAACCCAAGGAUUUAAUGCCGCUAAUUUACUAGGCAAUGGUAGCUUCGGGUCAGUUUACAAGGGGAUCUUGUCUGAUAACAAGAUGGUCGCUAUUAAGCUGUUCAAUCAAGACCUCCAAAAUUCAUACAAGCAUGUCGUCAGGGAAUGCAGAGUACUGAGAAAAAUUAGGCACCGCAAUCUUGUCAAAGUAUUGUCCUCUUCCUCGGCUGGAGAUCUCAAGGCUCUGGUACUAGAAUUUAUGUCACAGGGGAGCCUAGAACAGCACCUCCACAUGGAUGAAACACGGUGCAGCUUGAGUUUGCAGAUGAGAGUGAAGAUUGCACUUGAUGUGGCACAUGGGAUGGCAUAUUUACACCAUGAUUGUUCUCCCCGUGUUGUUCACUGCGACUUGAAGCCCUCAAAUGUGCUAAUGGACGAAACCAUGAUAGCCCAUUUGGCUGAUUUUGGAAUUUCUCGUCUACUGACGUCCUCCAUUUCUUCAAGUAGCAGCACAUCCAGACUGAAGGGAACAGUAGGCUACCUUGCUCCAGAAUAUGGCUUGGGAGGAGAAGUGAGUACCAAGGGAGAUGUUUACAGCUUCGGGAUGCUGAUCCUUGAAAUGGUGACUAAAAAGAGGCCUACCGAUGGUAUGUUCUGUGGAGAUGUAACUUUGCCGAGAUGGGUGAGAAGAGCAUUCCCUGAGGCAUUGGAGGGAGUGGUGGAUAGACAGCUGCUGGUUGAUCAACAAAUUGCAGGAGGGAGUGGUGGAGAGAGUGCUACAGCUGGAACUAGUGGUGAAGAAUCGGAAUCCUCUGAGCGUGGCAGCUGCGUGCUUAGUUUUAUUGGAUUGGGACUGCACUGCACAAGUGAAAAUCCAGGGGAUAGACCAACAAUGAGAGAGGUGGAAGUUAUGCUGGAAAAGAUGGUGUAUGGCAGGGCAUAUGGAAUCUGUUGA